AUGCGUGGUCAGAGAUCGCUGUACUCUCCAUCUCUGAAGAAGCCGUACAACAACCGCAACAUGAAUGCUCCCAGGCGUAGCAGGACUAGCACGAGCAACAUCAUUGGAGACCCUUUCGCGUUGGCAACAAUCUCUAUUGGCAUACUAGCAUGGCUCAUUACAUUCGUCGCCUCAAUCAUAGCAGACGUCCAAGGCCAAUAUCCUAAAUAUGCUUGGUGGACCAUCGCAUAUAUGUUAUGCUGCAUCGUCGGAAUAACAAUCACUUUUGCGGCCGACUCUUCUCACCAUUAUGCCAUCGCAAUCGUCGGAUACCUUGCGGCUGGUCUGGUCAUGACAACCUCUGCCGUCAGCACUCUCAUCUACCAGAACUCGGGGACCAUGCAAGCGGCUGCAGCUGGCUUCAUUCUCCUAUCCAUGAUUUCCAUCAUCUGGAUCUUCUACUUUGGAUCCGCUCCUCAGGCCACUCAUAGACAAUUCGUCGAUGGCUUUGCCCUCCACAAAGACCGCCACGACUACCCUACCAUGAGCAACAUGGAUACCUACAAACGUCCCGAGACUACUGCUUCGCAACCACCACAAAUGUAUACCUCCGCCCAGCUAAGCGGUUUCGAGACUUCCACUCCUGUAUCCGGGUAUCCGGGCGGUCCCAUCAACACACAAUCUGCGCAGCCUGGUAUCGCUGCUACUCCACAACCCACACAAGAGGUUCAACCACCGACAGAAUAUCCUUAUCGCGCCAAGGCCAUUUACAGCUACGAGGCAAACCCGGAAGACGUGAACGAAAUAUCCUUUUCCAAACAUGAAAUACUCGAGGUUUCCGACGUGAGUGGCAGGUGGUGGCAGGCAAAGAAGUCCACUGGCGAGACAGGUAUUGCACCAAGCAACUACUUGAUCUUGUUAUAA